AUGGAGAGCGAAUUCUCUGAUAAAGUGGAAUAUAAUGCAUUUACCCAGAAAUGGUCAGAGAAUACACAAUUAGAGAAGGGUGAUAGUUUGGCGGAGGGGUAUACAUCGGAGUUAUGGGACUUUACCCGUAUUAGUGUGGCACAAAAUGAUCUUAGGGAGCUGAAAGAGAUAUGGAGUCAUUGGGAUGGUGAGAUGAAGCAGUUAUUCUAUCAUAAUUAUGGUGAUAUGUCUUAUCUUCUUGAUAUUAAGGUAGAUAAGCAUUUGUUCCGAGCCAUGGCUCAAUUCUGGAAUUCUACUUACAGCUGUUUUACUUUCGGAAAGGUUGUGGCUCAAGUCCAGCAGAAGGGUGAUGGGAAGUGUAUCCCUUGGGUAAGUUUGAGAGAGCUAAUUCUGAUACAUCCUGAUAUGAAGAGAAGAGUCGACGUCUUUGCUUUGAGUGUUUAUGGGUUGGUGGUUUUCCCUAAGGCUUUAAGGCAUAUAGAUGAAGCAGUUACCAAUUUAUUUGACCAACUUGGUAAAGGGAUCACACCUGUUCCUGCAAUAUUAGCUGAGACUUUCAGAUCUUUGAAUGCAUGCCGAAGAGCAAGCGAAGGCAGAUUUAUUGGAUGUGCACAGCUUUUAUUAGUUUGGUUCAAUAGCCAUUUCUGGAAGAUGGAGAAGGUCUCUUAUCAACACUUCCUCCAAAAUUUCUUUCCUUUAAAGGAAAUUGCGGCUAUGUCGAGGAGGGAUGAUAUAUCAGAGGAGAGAUGGAUGACGAUAUUGCAAAAUCUUCAAGAGGAUGACAUCGAGGAUUUGGGGGGCAUUGGUUAUACCCCUCUCCUCGUAUUGAGGCAAUACAGGUCGAGGCAAUUCAUACCUGCAACACAGGGGCUGGCUCAGAGCGAGUUUUUUUAUAAAGGGGAUAAUUACAAGAAAAAGGUUAGAGAGAUUUGUAACGCCUGGAACCGAACCUACCAGAUGGAAGGAGUUGCUGUAAACCCGAUGGUGACCCUUGAGUAUAACGAGUGGCGGAGAAGAAGGGUUAAUGAUAACAUUCUGAGGCCAAACCUAGAAGAUGCUCGACCGUUAGAGGAAUAUCUACGAAUGUGGAGGCAAGAAAUUCAAGAAGAAAAGGCUAAAACUGAUCAGUGGAAGAAGAAGUUCCAUGAUACUAAGGCACGAGAGGCUGGGUUAGAGAAGAGCUUGGAUGAUAGUCAAAGUGAAAAGGAGGUGUUAAGGGCCCGGGUAGCUGAGUUAGAGAAAGCACUACACUAG